GUAGAGUUGCAGUAAUGUGUAUCGGUAGAAACUCAGUUGCUUCGAACCAGUGAGGAUAUACAGAGCGAUUUCUAUUUUUCUACGUGUUUAUAGUCGUCAACUCAUUCCCUGUGAUGCCGGCUAGUCUGUUAUCGGACGUUAAUUCUAACGGCUGUGGUUUAGAAGACCAGAGAGCUCUGCAGUUAGCGCUAGAACUCACCAUGCUCGGGCUCAAUCCUGGUGCUCAUGGUGCUGGAUCGUGCGGAAGCGCCGACCACGAUGAUCUGGAUCUCGAUGAGGCGCAGAAACUCAAGAAAAGUUCAAAUAUGACUGAGUGUGUGCCUGUACCGAGCUCGGAACACGUUGCAGAAAUCGUCGGAAGACAGGGUUGCAAAAUCAAAGCACUAAGGGCAAAAACAAACACGUACAUCAAAACUCCAGUUCGCGGCGAAGAGCCAGUUUUCGUCGUCACAGGGCGUAAAGAAGAUGUUGGCUCUGCCAAACGGGAGAUACUCUCGGCUGCUGAGCAUUUCAGUCAAAUCAGGGCUAGUCGGCGCAACAAUAAUCAAGCUAAUGGUUGCACACUUUCUGGGAUCGCUCCGGGUCCCCCUAGCCCCAAUGCUCCUGGACAGGUCACUAUCCAGGUUCGGGUUCCAUAUCGAGUUGUUGGAUUAGUCGUCGGGCCGAAAGGUGCCACUAUCAAGCGGAUUCAGCAGAUGACCCAUACGUACAUCGUCACACCAAGCAGAGACAAGGAGCCGGUGUUUGAGGUUACCGGUAAGCCAGAAAAUGUCGAUAAAGCACGUCAGGAGAUUGAAAAGCACAUCGCGAUGCGUACGGGCGGAGGUAUGAUGGAUGGAAACACGAACGACGACAUAAACGACUUCCAUACAAAUGGAAUCGAUUCAGGUUUUCACGAGCCUGUAAAUAAUGAGCUUUUGGCAGGGCUUUAUAAAAAUCCCACCAAUUCUGCCUUCACUACUUAUAACACUGCGCUAAACAACACACUAAACAGCAAUAAUAUGUUGUCCGGUCACUCUCCCCCCCAGGACAAUAUCUUCUCUUACCCAAACGGCAUGAAUCAGAAUGGCAUGAACGGCACAACCAAGAUGAAUGACUUUUGCAACAUGUCAAACGGUUUCAACAUCUACGAUAAUCAUGAUGAGGGAUUUGCGUCGCCGACGUUCCAUCCAACAUCGUUCACCAUGUGGCAAGAGGAGAAUGGAUCAGCUGGAGUUCAAAUGUACGGCCAGACAAACACCUCAGCGGCAGUUCCCCGUCGGAGCGGCAGCAUCGGAGAGAAUAACCGAAUUUCACCACCAAUAAUGGAGUCGAAUCACCAGUCAGUUCGCCGCAUCAGUAGCGACCCACUCAGUGGAGGCACCCUGAACGGCAUGCCGUGUUACACGACACUGCCGGCCUCAAAUUUCUCUACCUCCACUCCAACCUACAGUAAUGGCACUUCCUCUAGUCCUGUAGACACCCAGCGUAAGGCUUGUUUGCUGUGCUCUGAUACCACCGCUGUUGCUGCAUUUGUUCCAUGCGGUCAUAAUCGUCUUUGCAUGAAGUGUGCCAACAUCAUUAUGAAGAAACCUGAGUGUGAGCGUAAGUGUCCCGUGUGCGAUCAAACUCCCACUCAGGCGAUUCGUAUAUUUUCCUAACCAUGAAAAUGAUUGAUACUCAACCCUUCUGUCAUUCAUUGAAAAAGCAAUGCAUUCAGUUUUUGAAUCUAUGUCAUUCAAUUAUUGAAUCUUAUCAUAAACCUUCAUUUGUGGUUGAUGGGUGCAAAAUUCAUCGGAUUGACCAUGGAUUUAAUAUUGAUUGCAAUCUUCUGAUCGUUCAACUAUAAACUGAGCAUCAUUAAAAAAUAAAUUUGAAAAAUGUAUAAUUUUUAGCGGAUGAUGUGUAUUGCCAUCAGUUUUGAACUUUAAGUUCGAAACAUUUCCUGCAAUUUAUAGAUUCCGAAAAGAUCAAUGAGCCUUUGACAAAUUAAGAAAAUUGCACAAUGCUUUGCUGGUCAAGUAAGAUAAGAGGUGAAUGGUUGAAGUCAUCUGACUAGCGUUCAAUUAUUUGUAUUGAACCUUAUUCAAUCAUUGAUCGAGUCUUGUAUUCAGUUAUUGAGUCAAUGAUGUGUUCAAUUCGUGAAUUGCACCAACCUCCCUUCAUCUAAUGAGAUUAAUAUUAUAUCAGAUGCAUAUAGUAAUGUAAUUUUAAAGUUUUAAAAUUUUGAAUAUGAACAAAUUUAUUGAAAGUUACCCAACUUUAAAAGUAUUAUAUAACUUUAAAUACAGAGUAUUUUAUUCUUUGACUUUGUCUCUAUUUCAUAUGAAAAGAUGUUAAAUUUUUCAUAAAGAUUUAAUUUAAUUUGAGUAAAAAGGUAUCACACUUAGCUGGCAUAAUGAGCUUUAUGUAAUGUGUAGAGCUAGCCAUCAUUACGUUGCUGAAGCGCACACCGCAUGCAUAGAUAGAGACUUUGGUUAAAGACGUAUAGCGUGAUGAAAUCAUGCCGAAAAUGCACCGCUUUUAAAUCAAGAGGAAGCUGUGUUGUUGGUACCUGAAGCUAGAAAUCCUAUUUUGAGUGUCAGAUUUGACCCAGGAAUAUGAGAUUGAUUGAGUUUCAAAAACUUGCCCAACAAUUUUGUAAUGCAACAACAAUGCUUUAUUUAAAAAAAUAUACUACAUAUUUAGCCUCUCCUUAGGGCUCCUUUUCGUCAAGAAAAAUGUGAUCAGAAAUUCACAACUUCAACAUUGUAUAAAAUAUUUGUACAAAAUAGUCACGAUGACAGAUUUGUUGCACCCAAUUAUGAUAGUUUAGUAUUUUCUGCAUAAGGAAUAUUAUUUAAAAAUACAUUAUGUGUAAAUGUGUAGUUGCAAGGAAAUACAUUAUAAAUAUGUAUGCUACAUAGUCAAAGAAAAAAAUCUAAAAAAAUUAAAGAUAUUUUUAUUUUUGUGGCCCCGAUCAAAAAAGUGGGCAUAUAAAUAUUAAUAUAUUUGCCGAGACCAAGAUUAAACUGUUUUAUUUUUCUGCCAUUUCUCCGUAAUCCGGAGCCCUCUGUCUUAGGUUAGCCAUAUAUAAUGGAAAGAAAAUGAUGAGCUAUGCACUAAUGCAGAUGAGUUACAGGAGCCUGGCUUAUUUUACAUACAGGGGACUGACUCCACAGUGGAUGGUGCCAUUUCUGUGGAUGUGUGGUGUAGCUAGCUGCUGUCUUGCUCCUAAGAUUAAUUUUCGAGUGGUCUGGUGGGAUUGAAAGGUUUCGAGCUCCAAAUGAUGAUGAAAUGUGUCAGCCAUUGUAGAUUUUUUAAUGUGAUUCAUUGUAUCAUCCUUUCUCUGAUGCUGCUCUUGAUGUGUAAUGGACUGUUUCGAAUUCCCUGGACAGUGAUGGAUUAUUGCAAGCUAAGCAAUAAGAGACAGUCAAAAUACAGGAUGUAAAGUUAUUUUUUUUACUGAAAUAAUCAUAGCGGAGAUGUUCAAGGUUUUGAGUGCACUAGUUCGGAGUGUUAGCUGAAGUGUGACCAACUAAAGGUGUAAAGGUAGUUUUUGAAUAUUUUGUUUUGAAUUAGUAGUUUAUUUAUGUUUUUGUUUUUAGGGCACCAUUGUUUUGAUUUUGGCAGAGUGGAUUUCAUCAGAGUAGGCGCACUGCCAUGAUUUUUGAACAGACUAUAAAUUGUAAACCUGUGCUAUGUUUGAAUGUGCUAUGUUCUAUUUUUACCAACAGCUGCCAGGUAAUGCAUUUAUCAGGAUACACCUGACUAAGUAAGAACUGGAGUGGCAUAGGCCUAAACAUCAGAAGGCGGUAACAAUAAAACUGUUUAAAUUGGUCAAAGUGAUUUCGUUUUCUCAGAAUUAACCUGGCCUGCAGCUAGGAAAAGCAGUUUGCUUUGUUCUGAAGAGGUCUAGUUCAGGGUGCCGCCAAAACUGUAAUUUUUGUUUGGUAAGAAUACCUUACCUGUGAUUGCUAUCGAGUAAAAAGUGUGUUUCAAAUUGUAAAUUUGAAAUGUUACUUUCGUACUUGAUGCCAAUGUUCCAAGCUUCCAAUCUUUAGUUGAAAAGAAUGUGAUUAGUUUUCUGUUUGAUUUUGUUGGUCUUGCAAGUAUGUUGAGAAUGCAUUGUCAAAAAUUCACAUGGCAAAGUUCGUAAUUUCAUCCAAAUGACGAAAUUACUGCCUUUAUAAAUGAUCAUGUGUUUGUGUUAGAUUUAACGAAUGAGCGAAUAAAAAUUUGCACUUGUAUGAAUAAUCAUUGAAUGUAUGAAAUGUUUCAAAAACAUAAGCACACAACUCAUUUAGCAAUCACUGUAACUAAAAUUAUGUUUUAUUCUCAAAAAUGGUAUCAUGCAUAUAUAUAUAUAUAUAUCUAGCACUUGUAUAUAGAAAUUGUAGUUUUCAAAUUUAUCUUUUCUAAAAUAAUUAUUAACUUUUCCCUAGAUCUCUAGCUUUAUGUUGAAUGUCUGCAUAUAUAUUUUAGAUAAUCCCAAUGCUUCCGGAUUAAAUUGGGCAAACAUCAGACCAAGUCAAAUGGCUUUCACUUGUAGCAAGUAAAUUAUAACAUAUUGAGAAACAGUAUCACUGUUAAAAAAAAGUUCGGAUUGGUUUAUUAAAACUUUUAAAUAAAUUUGCAUUUCACAGUGCUCUCUCUGACAUGUCUGAUGAUUUUGACAAGGGCUUGAAAUUGCACUUAGGAAUGUCUUAUCAGUCUCAAGGAAGGACCACCAGCAUAAAGGUCACUUGAAAUAUCAGAGCACAAAAAUCCUGUCAGUCUAUCGAUAAUAAUCUAUAGAGCGCCAUACAAUACCCUUUGUUCAAAUUGUUGGCUGCAUUCUUUGUUUGAUAUCAUCUGUACUGGGUGUAAUGUCACAUAGACUGAACUGUGUGUGGAAAGGGCCGUUUCAUGCUGGCCAGCCAAAAAACCUGAUGAGAUCCCACUGCAUUUAAUGCAGUCUAACUUUCUAUAAUGUUGACUAGUCCAGAUUUAGAGUGGGCCAUCACUGAGCUGGAUCAUUUUUGUUCUCAAUACGCAAAAAUGUCCACUUUCAUGACUAUCGUGCUAUGUGAAUUCCACGCUUAGUGUUUGGUACUGUCAUGACUGUUGAACUAGCUUUUCCUUGUUCUCAUCUUGAAAAUUGGUCCUGAUUUAUCGAGGUAUAAUCUUCAUGUAUGUGAAUUCUCUAGUUUGCACUCAGAAUUUUAAUUAGGUUAAAGAUAUUUUUCUAAUUGGUUGUCUCAUAUGCAUUUGGUAUAGUAUGUUCUUGAGAUAUUGUCAUUUCCAUCAUCACAAUGAUUGCAUAAUUGUCAUACAGAAUUUCGUUUGAUGAAAACCAAGGGCUAAAAUACACUCCAAUAUAAUAACUCUUGGUGACAGUGAUAUGUAUCUAAAAAAAUCCACCGCAUAAUAUUUACGGAGCCAUGUAACAGUUGAACUACAGUAAGUGUAAAAUUAGUGUGAUAUUUUUUAAGUAGAUUUUUUACCAGAAAGUCAAGUAGCCAUUGGGCUUGCCAAUUGCCGAGACCCUUUGGAUACUUGGGCAUUUUAAAGUAGACUUUGAGAGAUAAUUUAGGUCACAGUAUUGCACACAAAAAGAUAAAUUCUCCAUGGGAAAAAAAUUAGAGUGAAUUUGAUGUCUGUUUCUGCACUACCUUCCAAACACUGACAUGUACUGCCACAAACCAAACAAUUUGCUACCAUUUUCAAUGCGUACUGGUUUUCGAAUGGCAAAAUACAAAAUGUCAACAGCUGACUGCCCAGCUGACUAACUUCAUGUGGUCUUCACCUUCAACAAAAUAACUGCUAACGAGUGAUUAUUACUUAUUCAUGUACAAUUACAUGUAUUACUCAUUAUACUAGUAUUGGUGGUGUGGAAGCAGACAAGAGAUACAUUAGGAAUUGUGUACGAUACAUGUAAUUCGAAAGAAAAUUAGCAAAAUUCCUAGACUUUUAGAAAAUACUUAGUAGUAGUGUGUAGUUCAAAAUACAUUGUGAAUAGUUAUUUGUGGCCUGAUAUUUUUUCUACUAUAAACAAUACAUAAUGAUGUAUACAAAAUGUCCCAAGGGAACUAUGUAUCUAUGCACUUUGUGAUUACACUUAGCUAUCACAUAUGAAUAUUUUGCUCAAAUGUUAUGGCAAUCAAGCCAUGUACAUUGGUGGAUAUAGCCUAUUCAUCGUUAGUCAAUACAAGCGCACAGUUUCUGAUUUUUGGCCAACGUGUAAGACUAUUGGCAAGGACAUAUUUGUCUUCUCUGACUAAGUGGAAAAAUAUGAAAAAAUAUUUUCCUUGGGUAGUUCUUGAGUAAAAUAAUCAAUGCCCUGUUUAAAAAAAAGCUUUAGUCAAAAUAGCUGUCAUGGUUAUUUAAAUUUUUUUUUUUUAGAAUGGUGCUUUCCAGAAAAGAUGCAUUUUUUUGUUACCUUGUGCUUACUAUCUACAUUUUCCCCGAAUAUUUGACUUGUUUACUACAGUUCAGUCUGCUCAGAUUCAUUUCAGUUUGUUGGCUAACUUGCAAUGUAAUAUGAGGGCCAUCAAGAUCAAGACAAGUUGUAAAAUCGAAAUUGGGUUUAUACUGGGUCGUCGAUACUAUGUGCAACAUUUGAAAUUUCUUCACAUGCUAUCAACCUGCAGCCAAUGCUUGUCAAGCCAAUUUCCCCCCUUCAGUGCUCUACAUACCAGAGUUAUAACUCUCGUCAUGAAUAUAUUGACUAAUGCGCUUAUAAUUUGCGCAGUAAACACAUUUGUGCUUUGCAACAACAUAUUGCGUGGGUUCAGUGCGUAAUUGCAUAAAUGUAGAGUAUCAUCAUUAGAUGGACUGUUUUUAUGUUAAUAUGAAGUUAGGCCUAAAUGUUGGUGUGAACAGAAAAUUAGAUUAGAAUACAAUAUAUGCUGCUCCCUCUCUGGGUCACCUUGAACAAGCAGUCCUUAAAGGUCCAACAAUUUAAAAGACAGGAUACCAUUCUAUUGGCAUUCGUUGUUGCUAGUGCAUUCUGACAGAAUAUGAAAGGCUGAUCAAAACAUGGAAUACUGCAUGCUCCCGCGUUGUGGGAAUAGACAUUGAUGAAUCAGUGGCUGAGACAGACAUGACUCAUGUAUUAACAUCCAAACUGUUCAUUAUGCUGAUGGCUGUUUUUUGCUGAUGAUUAGCUAUGUGCAGGCAGUACAUAUUGUGCGAUAUAGAUUCUAUUAUUACUGACAUAGUCAAUGCAUGCAUCAAAAUUAUGGUAAUUCUCUAAUGAAUCACACUGAAAUGUAUCAUCAACAUCUGCAGGACAUCAUAUUCUAAAUGAAUAGUGGAUUCAUGAAGUAAUAAGGGCAUGUGUGCCCUGCUCUAGUUCUGAGGAAUGAUGCAUUAAUCUGCGGUCUGCCAGUACUGGGAAGCCCUACGGUACACCGAUGUUGUAGCAUGGCUAGGCGCUUCGUACAACAGGGCUACGUUGGUAAGACCGACACUUCCAUCAUCCAUGCUGCGAUAGCAUAUCAGUGCCAAACAUCACUGGUGUGUUUAGUAUUGCCCUUCCCUGGGCAACUAGGCCUAGAUAUCCUGUUGCUUUGUCAAAUGUUUCCUGAAUGAGGCACUUACAUUUAUUUGUCCGUAAUUUCCUGUCUGUUGUUUUCCAGGAAGUAUUUGUGUAAACCAACCCAUGUCUGAGUGCAGCGUGGGUUGAUAAAAUACCAAAUGACGGAACAAAUACACUUGCCAUCAAGUCAAAAUACUCGCCAGUUUCAGUUUAAAAUGUCUUAUUUUCAAUUGAGGUAUCUGACAAUAAUGUGGGUCAACGUGACCUACUUUCAUGGUAUAAGUAGACCUACUUUCAUGGUGUAAGUAGGUCACAAAGACGAAGUGGAACGGGAAGAAAAAUAUGGCAUAAAUGUCUGUGUCACUCAGUUCAUCAAAUCAAGAUGAUAUUGAACUUGGGAGAAGUGCAAAUCAUUGGCCUUGUUUGCUUCCAAUCUGACUCUAGAUUAGUCACAACAGGACAUGGUCACAAAGACGCAUUUCCAAGUCAGUGUUGUGUUAUGCGUAACAUGUCUGUAUUGAUUAGAAGUGGGUCCUUGCACACAACUAUCGUACUCAUCCAUUUGGAGUCUUAUAUUAUAGAAUUACCAUACUGCAUCAUAUCUAUCCUAUAACUAGUCAACAGUACUUGCAUUUAUGAUUACAGACUUGUGACAGAAAAACUAGAGAAUCAAUGCGUGUGCAUUGAAUAUAACAUUGACGGGCAAAGUGCCUGGGGCUUGGCUAAUGGCAGUGGUAAAUGUAUCACACCCUUGGCUAUAAUAAUAUGAUGAAAUCUAAAUUCAAUUUUUAGUCAUGCUUCCGUUUCUGUCCAAAGGGUACAUGGACUGUAUGUACAGUAUACGAUAAGCUGUUCUAACUACAGUGGACAGACUGUAUACUUGAUUGCCAGGUUGAUAUGCAGAGAGGAUCAAAUGUUUUUCUGAGAGCUGCAAUGCUAAGUUGUGUCUGAUGAUACUUGGGUAAACUCUUGACUUGGUUUUUAAAUAGUGCAAGAAGAUUUCCUUGAUCUCUGUUGGCUUCCAUCAUUGGUUCGGACAACCUGAAUCGUUGAUUGUUACACUUUGCACCACUACCUUAGAUGAGUUUAGCCCAGUUUUCAUUCUGAACUGAAAUCUCUGUCUGUUCAUAAAAUUAGAAUUCCAGUUUUUCCUGGGACUGCACAUGUACUUCUUCCCAGGGAUCAGACUCCGAGGCUGCAUCCUUGCAUGCUUCCAGUUGCCCACCGUGCUCAUUUCUCUGAAAAGUGGUGCCCUCGGCCAGAAAUUAGUGCCUAGAUGCCUUGGAUUCCAUCGGUGUCAAUCGGGCGUCACAAACGUCAAACCGAGAUGGAUGAAGGGCAGCCAUUUAUGAUUAUUGAUCAGUGAAUCGUGUCAUCUUGAUCAUUAUUGACCCAGGUUUGUUCGACUGUCAUACAUGUACAGGCUAAUGUACGCAAUGGCAGCGUGGCAUUUGUCUACAUGUAUGAUCAAUUAUAGAAUAACGCUCAGGAUAGUUGGAAAUUUUUUCGAUCUUCGAUGCUUGCAGUUCAAUAUAAAAUGAUGGCUUGUCGCGUCUAUUUGUUCAUGCACUGUAGGUCCUGGAUGUUGAUAGAUGAAAUAGUUUUUGUUGGGGCAAGUUAUUUUUUGAGCAUCUCUCUUCAGACCAAAUUCUGGGGUGCGACCAACCCAGUGGUCCUAGUUUGCCACUUUGUAUGUUGGAAUAAAUAAGUUGAGGCUGAACGAAAGUAAAGUUAACAAAUAGUUGUAAGACUAUAUAGAGACACUGAGAGAUAAUCAUGUUGUCAUUUUCAGGCAAAAUGCUUCCCCUAGCCCUUAACACUAGAUUUUUUCUUAUUUUUCUAUAGCAGCAUAUCGAGAUGUAAAAACAGUUAAACCACUUGUGUGUUCACUCAUUAAGUUGUGAUUUUCAAUUGCAUUUGUCAUUAAAAAUUUGUAUUAGAUUUCUUAGCUUACAUGUAAGAGAACAAACAGCUGAUAGUUGUAAAUGUAAAUAUUAUAUUAUAUUUUAAAGAUUGUUGAGUACCGGUAUACCAAAUGGUACUCAAAAUGUUAUGUGUAUUGUGGUGCAUUUUGAACUCUAGUUGGUCACACUUCAGAUCUGAGACGGAGCACAGCCGAGGGUGUACAUGUACAUGUAUAAAUGCAUUGUUCAUUCAUUCAUUUAUUUUUGUAAAAUAGGCCAGGCUAUUUGUAAUUAUAUAUUUGUGUACUUUCAUGAGUGAUUAAUACAGUGUUAUUCUGCAUGUAGAUAUUACAUUGUACAUGGACAAUCACACUGCAAAAUAUGCUCUCCCCAGUCCCGAGGCUGGACUCCACAAAACUGCUCGUAAUAUGCUUGAACGCCAACUAACACAGGUUAUGCCUCCUUACCUGAUUGCAGAUUAUUCUAACAUUUUAGCAUUAUGAACUUUGGCAAGGAUGUCCACCUUGCAUUCAUACUUAUCUCCAUUUCUCUAGUGUUCUUACAUUCCUCUGACCUCUCUUGUAUUUUAAAUCCAUAAAAGGGUGCGCCACCUCUCCUCCAUCUUGACCAAUCGAGGGCUGCUGUCACUACGCCAUUCAGGUCUGCUCAUUUCAUAGGAGGAAGUGAGACUAAAAGGUGAAUGCGAUCAGAGACGUUGAUUGAUUAAAGGUGCCUCCCAGGUCUUUUAUAGGGAUGGCCGAGAUAUUAUUUUCAACCAGAAAUUUAAAAAAAUAAAAGUACUUCUAUUUCUGAAUAUGAGUUAGACAGUACGUUACUUAUUGUUCAACUUUGAGGACAGAUUUAGAUGUGUCAAACAAUCUCUGAAAAUGAUCUCGUCCUUCUCCCUAAAAGUCUUUACCUUUCUGGCUUGGUGCCUCAAAUGAGUUUAUGCAAUUUUCAAGUCUGGUAAUGAGAUAACAAUAGUAAUAUAUCUGAUGCUUGCCAACGUAUUCAUAUCAUGUACAAAUUACAAAAAAAGAUAUUUCUUAAUAAGUACUUUGAAUAUAAUACAAAGUUUCAAUAUAUUUGCACAUCAUAUAUUUCGCAUACUCUGUUCUGUACUUGAUCCACCCCUUGUAUAAAAUGCAGUUGAAUGCGUACAUAUCCUUCUUAAUCUUAGGUCAUACUUGAGAAAAUUAAAAUUGUCGAAUAUACCAGAUAAAGAUGCAGGUACCUCGUAAUGCUGUGUUGGAGACCAUGCUUUAACCCAUUCACUCUGAAGUGCCAAGUAUCUUUCACAUAUUUGCAGUAAAUAUCCUAAUUGAUUGUUACAUUUUCAUGCUGUGUAUGUUCGGAAUGUUCAGUGCAUCAAUUUGGCAGUGAAAGGGUCAAUUUAUUGUCAUAAGUUUGAUACCAGUAUUACAAGGUUGUGACAUAUCCAAAUAUGUUUGAAUAUUUCCGACAUUGUGGUCACACAACCAUAACCAGCUACUUUUCACACCAUCAAGCCACCCUAACCUCUCCAGUCUGGCGUUGUAAUAAAUAAUGUGCUGUGAUACUUUUACCCAUCCAAAGCCCCAUUGGUAUUGAUUAUCUACAAGGUACACCAUUAAUUUUGCUGAGGUAUGGGGCUCCCAAAGUGUCCAUUGCUAUUGGGUGAUUCAUAUAAAUUUCCUGAACAACGAGGCUCCGGAUGAGCUGGCUAUGAUGAUGUUGUCCAUCAGGCUCGGAGUCUAAACUUCAUUUGAAAGAAAAUGUCUUGAAUAUUUCAUGCCAGGUUGCCCAUACUCUUCUACUUGUAGAUAACCAAGGGUUACUUGGAUGAAAUGGCAAAACACGCUCAAAGUCUAACGCUAAAAUUCCUUAGAUCUUUUAGAGCCGCAAGCGAGUGCGAGUAUCCCCCAUAAAACAAGCCCCGGGGGCUCAUAAUUACUAUUUGAUUUAGCUGGAGAACGCCAUGCUGUAUUCAGGCGAAGGGUGGUUGUCAAGACUAUAUCUCGUGAAUUUUCAAGCUGCGACGAUGGUAACCUACGAUACUGAGACAAGUCCAGUCACAUCUCCGGACACGUUUGAAAUAUUCAAAGCGAUAUUUGGAGUAUGUCAUCGUAUGCCAAAAUUGUGAAUGGUAACAUAAAUGAUGUAAAUUUCUCGUACUAAUCACUUUGAAAGCAGUAAUCAUAAAAUUAUAAGAAUGUCAUAGUUUUAUUUCAUUAUGCCAUCUAUUAUUAUCUUCCAAUUUUUGGGAAGUGUAAUACUUCUCAGUUGAUGAUACACACAUAUAGUUUUGUAAUGUUCAAUCAUUUUUAUUAACCCCGUGACUUCCAGUUGCGAGAAAGAACUUUAUUCCCCCAGAAUUUUUGCUCUAUGCAAGUCGACUAUGAAUAUAACUUUACCCUUUGUAUAAACCUUUGACACGCUACAUAAACUGGAAUUGCUUGUGUUGGGUUGGUAUUUUUUUCAAAUUCUGAACUUGAGAGGCUUUAUCUGUCAGAUCUUGCAUCCCAUUAAGAAAGUCAUUCGAGGAGAACUACUAAAAGAACUGAUCUUCAAAACUGACGAGAGAGCGAGUUAGUAUUCUACGUGGUGCUGUGUGCAAUUCUUUGGAUACCACUUGGGGAAGAGUGAACACAAACUGGUAGCAUUUGGUUCCUUGAGCAUUUUACUAAGGUCAAUGGAAUAUGAAUGAGUCUGAGGAAAGUGAGGAAAAUUGAUUUUCAGUAAUUUACAAAUUAUCGAUCAUUGCAUUUAAAAAAAUCUUCAGUGAUUUUUGUCUGAAAAAUAAAAGCGAUUUGAGAUUCGACGUCUGGCGCUCUCAGCAUUUGUGCCAUCUGGUGUUGCCACAGUUUAUCGAAGUAUAAGUUCCAAGGUGCUUAUUGUGAAACUUUACGGAAAAAACCGAAAACAAUCAUUGUUUAAUGGGGUUGUACUCUUUGAAUUUGCAUUGUAUUUAGACCAGGUUUGUUUUUCAUUUGGUUUUAUUAUUGCGUAUUGAUAAUGAUAUGUGUGGUUUGACUUUGCAUUAUUCUUCCAGUGGUUUUAAUUGAAUUAAAGAAUGAAGUAACAAGUUGCUUUUAUCAUUAUAAAUGAUUUUAACUUUGAGCCCAUAUGUUACUGCCACACCUGACUGUAUACCCUUAAUACUUUUACCUCUAAAUAUUCUCACUGUUAAUAGUGUCUAAUGCUCCUUUAUUUACAACGAAGUGAAAUUUCACACAAAUUAUGCAUUUUCUGGUCGGGGACAGUUUUGAUUGAUUAUGGUGCACCAAUGAAACAAGAGCUGUGACAAUUUCAAAUAUAAUAUCGUAAUCGCAGUCCUCAGUUAAUUCCCAGUAAUCAAAUUGUGGAAUUGAAACCCAAGUGUAAGAAACACUAUCCUCAAUUCUGCGGGGAAAUUUCAUCAAAUUUAUAGCAGAUAAGCUGUACAGUAGUGAACAUUCUGUUGUGUGCAUUAUAAAAAUUGACAACCAUUCGGGGCUUUAUAGGUUUUUUGAAACGGCUUGAGUCUCAACAUAGAAAGACAGUAGACAUUUCUUUCGAAGAUUAUCUUGGAAUUUUCAGUCAGCUUUUGUUUCAUAUGAAUGCUGUUCUUCAGAGGCAAAGCGGUGCUCUGGGUCAGUACAGAAUCGUACUGCUCCAAGACUCACUAAUAAAGUUGUAAAGUGUUUUUCAUCCAAAAUUUGACCUAAUCUGACUACAUUUACAAUGUAAUAUGUACUCGUCGUUUUGUCAUAUUAAGUUGAAACACACUACAAAGAGGUGACACUUCUGAGUCUAGAAAGUAUUGCAGUUGUCAAAGUUGUACCCUUUCAAAAUGUAAUCAAAAUUUGAUGGUGCUUGACCAUCUCGUAAUAUUAGAACAAUGAUGCAAGAUUUACUUGACAUAAGUGAUUCUCGGAUCACAUUAUGUCAGUAAUAUCCACAUUUUCACCCAUUUUUUGCAUGAAUUCAGAGGUGGGGUUACUACCUAUUGGCAAUGGUCAGUCUGAACAUUGUUUAACUAUUGUGUCAGGAUGGAGCGUGCAAGUUAUGGUGGUGCAAACUUUUUUGAUUUGGACGAAAAUAAGCUACACUUCCAACUGAGUGGAGUGAACAAAUUGUAACUGUUCUUUGUCUAACAUGUCUAAGUGAAGAAUAAUAAACCUUUGAGGUACACAGUGUAAAAUAGCGAGAGAACAUUGACAAAUUAUCACUUACAAGUUCUAGAAAUAUCUGUCUGACUUCAGUUAUA